AUGAAGACCAAGCUGCCCAUAUGCGGCGCAUGCGCCUACCAGCCUCUCCUCUCCCGACGGCUGCUUUCGACCACGACCGCACCCCCAGCGCGCAACCCGAACAAACUGCAACUCCGCGACCUCACACCCGCCGAUCUAUCCUACUACUGGGACACGCAAGUGCCCGACGAACAACGCCUCGUCUACGCCGACAAAUUCUUCAGUCCGUCGCGCCACUCCCCGGUCAAGCUAUGGUCAGCCAGCAAGUUCCGCACGACGCCGCUGUCGUCGUCGGAGCCGGAGGUCGCGUUUCUGGGCCGCUCGAACGUCGGGAAGAGCUCGCUGCUGAACGCUGUCAUGGGCAAGGAGAUGUGCUGGACAUCGUCGAAGCCGGGGCGCACGCGAGAGAUGAACGCGUUUGGAAUCGGCGGCACCAAGGGGGGUGAGUCGAAGAUCGUGUUGCUUGAUAUGCCGGGGUACGGGAAGGCGAGUCGGACGGAGUGGGGGGUCGAGAUCAUGAAAUAUCUCCAGGGGAGGAAACAACUCCGCCGGGCAUUCCUCCUCAUCGACAGCCUACACGGUAUCAAACAGAGCGACGCAGAUAUCCUCAUGCUAUUCCGGAAAUACGCCAUCCCUCACCAAGUGAUUCUCUCCAAGGUCGACAAGGUCCUGGCGAAAAAAAAGAGCCAGGUGAAGAGCGGCGCAUCGGCCGCCAAUAUUGUCGCGCUGAGAACUUUGCUACAGGAUUUGCGGCCGAUCGUGCAGCCCGUCGGCCGGUCAGAAGGCCCCGGUGCGUUGGGUGAAAUCGUCACCUGUAGCGCGGAAACGCCCGUCGAGCCAGGCCGCGCUCUGGGAAUCAGCGGGGUGCGCUGGGCGAUACUUUCGGCUGCUGGUUUCGACGGGAACGUGGAGGCCAGGCCUGAGCUUGCGUCUUCUGAAUCGUCUGCUGCUGCGUCCUGA